UAAAUGUAUCCCAUCGCCCCUUCCAACCAUUUCCCCACCUGAAAAACCCUUCUCAUUAAUUUUCUUCUCUCCAAAUUUAACCAACAAUUCCAAGAAUAAUAAUGCACAAAAUAAUGUAGUCAAGGGUCAGAGAGAGUGCCAAAACAAGCAAAGUACAGGCAUAAAGGCACAGAAUUUUAGCUGGGUCUUCUCCUCCUCCUGCUCUUUUGGGUCUUUGGCUAUUGAUAUAUACACAGGCUCCUCAAGCCCAAAGUGUCUUCUUGCCUAUCCAAUUUCUAUAGAGAGAGAGGGAGAGAGAAAAGGGCUUGAUGGGUUUGAAGGGGGAGAACUCGGGGAGUGAUGGAGUGAGUGAGAGAUCAGUGGAGGAGGGUGCUGGUGCUGGUAACGGAUACGAGAACUCUGAGAGCAGAGGAUGUACCUCUGAGCUCUCUGUCCAUUUCUUGCAGAAGCUUAUUGCUGAAGUUCUUGGGACAUAUUUCGUGAUAUUCGCGGGGUGUGCUUCUGUGGUUGUUAAUAUUAUCAAGGGAUCAGUCACGUUUCCAGGCAUUUGCAUAGUAUGGGGGUUGGUUGUUAUGGUAAUGGUGUAUUCUGUUGGUCAUAUCUCUGGUGCUCACUUCAACCCUGCUGUUACCCUUGCUUUCGCCUCGUGUCGAAGAUUUCCAUGGAAACAGGUACCAGCAUACAUCAUAGCUCAGGUUGUAGGAUCUAGUCUCGCCAGUCUCACGCUCCGCGUGAUGUUUGGAGGCGAUCAGAAGCACUUCUUUGGAACAAUUCCAACUGGUUCCGAUGUUCAAUCUCUAUCCCUCGAGUUCAUCAUCUCCUUCUACCUCAUGUUUGUGAUCUCCGGUGUUGCAACAGAUAACCGAGCAAUUGGAGAGCUAGCAGGAUUAGCUGUAGGAGCUACGGUUCUCCUAAACGUUCUUUUGGCUGGGCCGAUAUCAGGAGCAUCGAUGAAUCCAGCAAGAACUCUAGGACCCGCAAUUGUCAUGAACCGAUACGAAGGGAUCUGGGUCUACAUAGUGGGGCCCAUUACUGGAACUAUAGCAGGAGCAUGGGCGUACAAUCUCAUCAGGUUCACAAAUAGGCCGUUGCGUGAGAUUACAAAAAGUGGGUCUUUUCUUAAGAGCUUGAGGAGUAACGGUACCAAAUAAAAAUGCCAGUUUGAAGACAGAAGACGAUGUUAGUAAAAAAAUAAUAAUAAUAUUGAUGGUCGCGGCGUGACGUAAGAAGGAUACUUAGCUUGAUUUCAUAUAUUUGUUCAGGGUUUUUUUUUUUUUCUUGAAGGGUUUCGUUUUGUUGCGAAUGUUAAUAGAUUUCAUUUGAAAUUUGGAGGUGCUAUGAUUGAUCUCCUACGGACCCUUUGUGAAAGCAAUAUCUGACGUUACUUUUAUGAAAGAAACACUACUGAUUAGAAUUCCA